UCCAAGACAUUUGUAAUUCAGGAGGAGGGACUGGGGGGCUUGGGAGGAAAUGGUGCAAUUGGUUCGGCUGACGGGGUGUUUGGCAAUGGAUUUACUCGUCAGCUUCUGGAAUCAGCACCAAAAACUAAACCCAUACACAUUGAUUGUGAUCCUUCAAGAUCCAGUUCUGCUUGGAACUGGUUGGAGAGAUGGAUGGCAGCAUCCACCCAAGAAUUGGGUCAGUCAAAGAAGCCGUGCCAUAAUCAAGAACUUAAUGAAAAAGCUUCUAAGCAAGAUUAUACUGGACCAGAAGCUCCAAGACUAAUCUGUUCAGGGGUUGAAGCUCCAAAGCCUAAUCAUGAGACCUUGGUAAAACCAACAGUUAAUUCCAUAGUGCAGCUUGAGGCCAAGUCAGCUGAUUCCAGUACAUUUUCUGAGAACCAAGCAAGGGAUCCAGUGGUUGUCUCGAAUAAAACCUCAGACCUCCCGGUAGAAGAUGCUCCUCUGCUCAAUAACAUGGGUUUCAUUGAAGAGAGUGAGAAUUCUGUUCAGGUUUGCAAGGCCCUCAGAGAUUCCUUAGCAUGCAAAAUGGGAAUUCAAUCAGAUGAAACCUCGACCUCUGUGCUCGAUUCUGUUCCCGAUAAGCCUAGGGCUGAAGAACCUGAGAACCCCAAGCGCACCAUGAAAAGGGCUGCUCCUGAACCAUUAGAUACCGAAAACAAGAGACUUGUAUCAAUGUCCAGGAGAACGCGAAGCACUAGCCCUAGCUUUGCAGCUGUUCAGUCGAAGUUCGAAGAGCUCAGCUCAACCCCAACUUCUGUGAAGCCAGUCCCUACCAUAUCCACUUCGAGACCUGAGUCUCCACCAUCUCAGGCAUGCUCUGACACCAAAAGCACUACUGAUAUUGCCCUAACUGAUGAUUCCACAUCAUAUAUUUCAAUACUUCCUAAUGAAACAUUUGAAUCCAGUUCUCAAAUUACCCUUUCUCCGGCUCUUCCAAGGAAUGAAACAGAAGGUUGGGAAGCUUUAGAAGAUGCCAAGAGUGUCAAUGAUGGGUAUGCCGAGGUUGUUUCAAAAUCCGAAAAUUUGGACAAUGAAGCGAGCAACCCACCUUCAAUCUCCAAUUCGCCAGCCCCCACCGUGUUGGUUGAGCCAGUGAAGAUUGAUGGUAUUGAUGACAAAUUUGAUGGUUCAGAAACGAAUCAGUUCACACCAAAUAUAAACACCCAAGUUUCAGAUCUUCAAAAUUCAUACAAUUCGUCCCCUGAAGGAUCUCCAAUUAGCACAGCCACUGCACCUGAAUCCCUAGGCACCCCAUUGAGCCAAAUCUCAUCUAGGGGCCAGAAUAGUGGCAAGGAGAGCAGUGGGAGAGGGACUUACAAGGGCAGGUCACUUGUUGGCAAAAAGUCACCGGUAAACCAAGCCGCAAAUGGUUCAAAUGCAAGAAACAGUGUGGACCAUCAGCCGACUGAUACAAAGAGUGGGAGGAGGCGGAGCUCUUUUGGUUCGACAAAGCUUGAGCAUGAUAAUGUGGAGCAUGAAUUGAGGAGUAGCCCUACAGUACCUGGGUACAUGCAGGCGACUGAGUCUGCCAGGGCAAAGGCACUCACAAGUUCACCGAAAUCAAGCCCUGAUGUGCAAGACAAAGCUAAUUACCAUACUGUGAAAAGGCACUCCUUGCCAGGUUCAGGUGGGAGGACAAAUAGUUCAGGGUCCCCUCGAAUUCAGCGUUCUCUCUCUCAGGCCCAACCGGGCUCCAAGGGAAAGUCACAGGGUACUGCUGAGAAGGCUGAAUGGCGAAGAUGAUCCAUAUUAUGAACCUGUAGAAAUGCAGUGCUGAACUCAACAACUGUAGAAAUGCAGUGCUGAACUCAACAAGUUCAGAAUAUUGGGCAUCUCUCAUUUACACUUACCCGAUCAGGUUAAAUACUCCAUGAGGCAAAAAGAUUUGAUGUACAGAACAUUAUAUGAAAGGACGUUACUGUUUCCGGGUCUUGUCUAGUCAGUUAUGUGGUUUAAUUAAUAUAUGUUCUGAUCUCUGCUAGGCUUUUCUGAGGGCUUUAUUUAUGUUCUUUUUCCUGAUAUUCAGGUGUGGACUUUGAUUUCUCUUCUUAUUAGCUUCUGAUGUUGAGGAAUUUUUGAGUGCCAUUUAGAAUAAAAUUGAACUUCUUUGCCCAUCCA